AUGAAUAUCAGCAUUGCCUGGAUGGAGAAGUCCUACUUGAGAGGCUCUAGCCUGUUGAUGCUUCUCAGUCCAGAGAUGCCAUUGGAGGAGGAUGUUGUUAACCAGUCAGACGGAGUGGUGGCUUGCUUGAGGAUGGACUGUGGCUUGCUCCUGGAGCCCCUGGGCUUCAUUAAGGUCCUCGAGUGGAUUUUUUCCAUCUUUGCUUUUGCCACAUGUGGAGGCUUUCGAGGUGAAACUACCCUUCUAGUUUCCUGCAAAGGUGCGGUAAACAAAACAGUUACAGCUGCUUUUGCUUAUCCAUUCAGGUUGAAUACUGUUGUAUUUAGUGCACCAGACCCAAAACACUGUGGUGGCACUUGGACCGACAUCUCUCUCGUGGGCAACUUCUCCUCUUCUGCACAGUUCUUUGUUACACUUGCAGUGUUGGUAUUCCUCUACUGCAUUGCUGCCCUCACAGUAUAUAUUGGAUAUAAGCAUGUGUAUCGGCAAAACAACAAGCUUCCACUAACUGACUUGGCUAUCACUGUCAUAACAGCCUUUCUGUGGCUGGUCAGUACUUUUGCUUGGGCAAAAGCUCUUGCUGACAUCAAAAUGUCCACGGGGGCAAGCGUUAUUCCAGGAAUUGAAUCUUGCAAAGCACCAGGAACAACCUGUCAUUUUGUUUCUGUAACCAGCAUGGGAACUCUGAAUGUGUCUGUGGUGUUUGGCUUGCUUAAUAUGAUUUUAUGGGGAGGAAAUGUUUGGUUUGUAUACAAGGAUACCAACCUGCACAACCAAUCAAACAGAAUUUCUCAAAACGCAGGAACAUAUUCAACUCAAAGAGGAAUAUAA